GAGGGGCCCCCGCCGCGGCCAGAGCGCGCGGCCCGCCGGCGAGUGCGCAGCUGAGUCUGCUCGUCUCCCGGCUCGCGCAACCCCUGCCUCCCGGGCCUCCGCGCGCGGCAUGGCGUCCUUCCAGGUCUUCGCCUUCGGGCUCGUGCUCCUGGCGGCGACGGUGCCGGUGGGCACGGCGCAGGACGGAUGUGUGUGUGAAAACUACAAAAUGGCCACAAACUGCAAUCUGAACAGAAAUGGUCAGUGCCAGUGUACCUCCUACGGCUCACAGACGCCCGUCAUUUGCUCAACAUUGGCUUCCAAAUGCCUCGUGAUGAAGGCAGAGAUGAUGCACUCCAAGGCGGGGAGGCGUGUGAAGCCUGAGGGUGCGAUCCAGAACAACGACGGGAUGUACGAUCCUGACUGCGAUGAGCGGGGGCUCUUCAAAGCCAAGCAGUGCAACGGCACGGCCACGUGCUGGUGCGUGAACACUGCUGGCGUCCGCAGGACCAACAAGGACUCCGAGAUCCAGUGCUCCGACACCGUACGGACCUACUGGAUCAUCAUUGAACUAAAACACAAAGAGAGACAGCAGCCUUAUGACCUUCAGCAUUUACGGAGUGCGCUUCAGGAGGCAAUCACAACCCGUUACCAGCUGAAUCCAAAAUAUAUCACAAAUAUCUUGUAUGAGAAUAAUGUCAUCACUAUUGAUCUGAUGCAAAAUUCUUCUCAGAAGACUCAGAAUGAUGUGGACAUAGCUGAUGUAGCUUAUUAUUUUGAAAAAGACGUUAAAGGUGAAUCCUUGUUCCUUUCUAAGAACAUGGACCUGAGAGUAAACGGGGAACAACUGGAUCUGGAUCCUGGCCAAACUUUAAUUUACUAUGUUGAUGAAAAACCACCUGAGUUUUCAAUGCAGGGCCUAACAGCUGGUGUGAUUGCUGUCAUUGUCGUUGUGACACUAGCAAUUAUCGCUGGAAUCGUGGUGCUGAUCAUUUCCAGAAAGAAGAAAACAGCCAAGUAUGAGAAGGCUGAGAUAAAGGAGAUGGGUGAGAUCCACAGAGAGCUCAAUGCAUAACUUCUGUAACUUGAAGAUUUACCACAAGAAGGGAAAUUAGCAAAAGGAUUACAAAUGCGUGAACAUAGGACAAAAUGAUGUCUGAGUAUUGCUGUGUUGUUAGUUAACAUUGUAUAUUUGUUUUGUUUUUUUUGCGGAACUGGGGAUUGAACUCAGGCCCUUGCACUUGCCAGGCAAGCGCUUAUUCAACUGAGCUAUCUCCACGGCCCCAACAUCGUACAUUUAUAAUAGAGAAACUUGUACUGAAAAGAUAAGCAGCUUGAAAUUAGCACUAGCAACCCUAGAGUCUGAGCAUUCGUGUCCCAGGUAUGCAGAUCUAAUGUUAAAGCCCAGGACGUGGACUGCGUAGUUGAAAUACGUGGAAUGUACGAGAGUGCUUUCAGCGUGCUUCUGCAAUAGAGUCUGACCCAUCACUGUCCUGCCUGUGGUUGAAAGCUGCCUUUCGGGUUACUUUGAGUCUUGUAUUGUACAUACGAACUUUUUUAUGUAGGAUGAA